CAGGGUACACUACGUGUGCUGCUAGUCCUGCUCCAUGAUUUUCCGGAGUUCUUAUGUGAAUACCACUAUGGUUUCUGUGAUGUCAUCCCUCCAAACUGCAUCCAAAUGCGCAAUCUCAUCCUCUCGGCUUUCCCUCGGAACAUGAGGCUCCCCGACCCCUUCACCCCCAAUCUGAAAGUGGACAUGUUGCCCGAGAUCACCGUCUCUCCCAAGAUCCCCACCAAUGUUGCUAGCCUCAUCCAGCCCCCAGAACUAAAGAAGAACUUGGACUCCUACUUGAAGAACAGGACGCCUGUCACCUUCCUCUCAGACAUGCGGACUUUCUUGCAGGUCAACAAUGAACCAGGGAUGCGCUACAACAUGUCUGUGAUGAACGCUUUGGUGCUGUAUGUUGGCAUGCAGGCUAUUGCUCAGAUCCAUAGCAAAGGCCUAACUCCAUCCAUGUCUACCAUUGCUCAUUCCGCCCACAUGGACAUAUUCCAGAAUCUUGGUGUUGAUUUAGACACAGAAGGUCGCUACUUGUUCCUGAAUGCCAUUGCCAACCAGCUGCGGUACCCCAACAGCCACACCCACUACUUCAGUUGCACACUUCUCCAUCUUUUUGCCGAAGCUAACACUGAAGCCAUCCAAGAGCAGAUCACGAGGGUGCUGCUGGAGCGACUGAUCGUCAAUCGUCCACACCCAUGGGGGCUUCUCAUCACCUUCAUCGAGCUCAUCAAGAACCCAUCCUUCAAGUUCUGGAGCCACGAGUUUGUGAAGUGUGCUCCGGAGAUCGAGAAGUGGCCCACUACCUUCUUACAGGCUAUUUGAGUCGGUGGCACGCUCCUGCAUGGUGCAGAAGGUCGCACCAAGAGGGGACUCGGAGGCCUGAGUGCAACCGUAGCACAGCCAGGCAACGCGGCCGGGCUCCAGCCGACGCCGAUCGUGGAGGCGACUGUCCAGGGAGUGAAGAGUACGGACAUCGGAGGCUUUGGAAUACCUGUGGCAGAACUUUGCUCAUGUCAACCUUCAUGCACCAAACGCAGAUAGAGAAAUAUGCGAUGGAGAAAAAAAGGAUUUGGUAAAAAUAUGAUAUAUAUAUAUAUAUGAAGAUGCAAGCAACUAGGAUUGUCUUGUUUGAUGAGGUGCCCAACAAAAAACAAACAAUGAAUAUUAAAAGGAAGAAGAAGAGAAGAAAAAAUAUAUAUAUGGUGCAGUAUUAGCAUUGUUUUGCUGAAUGAUAUGAAUGAUAUAUAUAUGUAAAGAUGUAUGUAGCUGAGAGAUUUGAAUAUGUGAUAAAACUACUUUACCUGAAUCCAUGUCUUGAAAAAAAAAAAAAGAAUAAAUGCCCAAUAGAUUAGAGGUAAACAGAGCCAUUGGUGUGCUAUGGCAGACCAGUUGACUAAAGUGUUCUGUAUGUUUAAACUUCAAAAAUGAGAAGCAGUGUCUUUAUGGUGACUAUAAGAGUACAGUUCCAGUUUUUUGUCCGAACAGAUGGCUGACCCUCCCUCCGUUUUUUUAAUCCAAGGUAGGGGUCCUGUCUUGCAUUGGGUUAAGAUUACGAAUAUCCUUUGUAGAAUGUCUUAGAUUAUUAUUAUUAUUAUUAUCAUUAUGCAGCUUUGAGUUGUUUCAAGAUAUUUUCCUUGACAUCUGUUGUGUUUAUGAUAUACAUAGUUGUUGUAAAGCAGCAGCAAAGUAUACUGUCAAGGUAUGUGAUUAUCUUAAGUCACUGAUAUAAAUAUAUUAUUGUUUCAUAAUUUGAGUUUUCCUGGUGAAUGUUAUCAUGUAAAACUGAAAGACCAAGAACUGUACAAUGUACUAUAUUAAGGACCUUCAAAAGUGAAGUAAAAGUGCAUUAAGUUAGAACAGGUUGUAUAAUUACAGAUGGUAUUCUGUAUAGACAGAGAAAUAUAUUUCCCAGACAAAGCAGCCAUAAGCCGUGUGUCAAAGUGCAUAAAAAUGACAAGGUGAAUUCCAGUGAGAGUGUGAUAUGUACCUAUACUCUUGUGAUCUUAACUUCCAGGGAACCAUGUGAUGAGCUAUACCUAAGAUGUUUACAUAAUUAGAUGAUGUACAUUUCUAGAUAACAUGGCCUUUGCUAAGCAGCCUCUGCAGUAGGAGAGUGAGAAUCAAAGUGUUGGGCAUCCGAGUAAAUGUAAAAGUGUUACUUCCUAGAUCUACCCGGGUCAUUCACAGUAGAGAUAUUUAUUUAGUUAUACUAUGAAGCACAACAGCGUGCAAUUAACAAGUUCAGUUGAUGCAGAUGGAAAGUCCUUUAUAACUCUUGGAUGAUCAGCAAAGGCAGUUUUAUCAUCUGAAUCCAGUGUGAUAGUGCUUCAUAUUAUGCAAAGAUGACUAUGGACGCAAAGCAUGUACAAAAUCCCUUCAAAUCCUUCCUUUAUAUAAUUUCGCAGACUUGGAAUUCCUUCUACUACAAGGUACUGUCUGGUAGUCACUGUAAGAGUUCAUAGUUAGUAAGAUGUCCCCAUACCCUUGAGGCUUUCUGUCCUGCUGUAAAGUCUCUUCUUACAAGGUAAUACAAUCACUACCGCCACAACACACACUAGACUCGGGGCACUAAGUCAGUCAUGCCCAUUGCCCCUCAUCUCCCACCCCUCCUCACUCAUUACAAGUUUUAACCACCAAAAGAAAGAAAAGUUUUAUUAUUAAGUAACCGUAUCCUAAUUCAUCCCAUCGACUUAUGGGAAGUUUAGGCACAAAUCAGAUGUGAAUUAUGUUAAGAAUUAUUACAAUUCCUUUCCUUCUCCUGUUUCCAAGGCCUUGCUUUUUUAUUUUUAACUUUCAGGGCUUUACGAAUCACAUUUUUUGUUACCACAUAGCUAUGUAAUUAUGAUUAUUUUUUUUAUUGGUAGCCAGAUGAUCAAUUAACCUUGAUUGGAAAUUUUUGAGUCUCCAUUAAGUAUCAGUAUAUUAAACCUGGGAAUUAACACCUUCUGUUACCUCGCUUCAAGGAAACGUCACAACUCUCUGAUGGCAUAAGGAAUACAAAUUAGCAUUACUGUUACAUCACAAUUAUUUUGUAUGAAAUUGUAUAAUAAAUAACCGAGUUGUUGAGGGUUUUGAAGAGAGAACUUUCUGUAAAUGGACCCAUGGUGUGAGGUACUUUGUUGUGGCUGUACAGUUCAGGUUUAUUUUUGUUGAUGAGGAUUUUCUCUAAAGAUAUGCAGUUUAACAGUUUGUGUCAUAUUCUUUAGUCCACUUUAGGUUAAGGAUGUGAAUAAAGGUCUCUUGUAGCAAAGCAAAA